GGAUGGCUGCUGUUACAUGGCUCUGUGUGUGUGUGCGCUUUUCCCCUCUUAUUAAUGCUGCUACCCAGCCGGGGAGACAGAGAGCAGGCAGAUAGGGUCCCUCUGGCAGCACAACUCCAGGCGCACACUUAGUGCCAACAAGCCCAGCAGGGACUCAAGGUAACAGCGCUGCCAGCAGCACCGGGAAAGGGAUUUCUCUUCCUUUUCAUUCCAUUCAUGGUGAUUGUGUAAUUGAGACUACUGCACCUCUCACUCACCAGAGCAACGGCAUUGGCACUGGGGAAGGGGGAAUCUGCGGAGACUGUGGGAGCCACCUGGGAUCCUGCCCAGGACUCUGGAUGAUUUAAAGGGACUCCUUGCACUCUAGCAGCUUGGAAACGUCACUUGCCCUGUGCCAGCAUGGAUGCCAAGGGCUCUCCUACCUUCCCAUUGUGGCUCCGAGCUGGAGUAUGGAUACUGGCAUGGAGCUGGAUCUGCCAAGUGUGUGCCAAUGGCUGCCCGGCAUUGUGUACCUGCAGUGGCACCACAGUGGAUUGUCAUGGCUUGGCACUAAAGGGGGUCCCCAAGAACAUCCCCAGGAGCACGGAGAGGCUGGAGCUGUAUGGGAACAACAUUACACGGAUCAAUAAGAACGACUUCUCUGGACUUAAGCAACUGAGAGUUUUGCAACUAAUGGAAAAUCAGAUUAGCAAUGUUGAACGUGGAGCUUUUGACGACAUGAAGGAACUCGAGAGACUGCGCCUGAACCGUAACCAGCUGCACACAUUGCCGGAACUUCUCUUCCAGAAUAACCAGGCCCUGUCCAGACUAGAUCUGAGUGAGAAUUUAAUCCAAGCCAUUCCGAGGAAAACAUUUAGAGGAGCUACGGAACUCAAGAACCUCCAACUGGAUAAGAACCAGAUCAGCUGCAUUGAAGAUGGAGCUUUCCGGGCUCUAAGAGGACUGGAGGUUUUAACUCUGAAUAACAACAACAUAACCGCAAUUCCUGUUUCCAGUUUCAACCAUAUGCCCAAACUGAGGACAUUCCGUCUGCAUUCUAACAACUUGUUUUGUGACUGCCAUUUGGCCUGGCUCUCCCAGUGGCUACGCCAGCGGCCAACCAUUGGACUUUUCACACAGUGCACUGGACCGUCUCCACUUCGAGGCCUCAACGUGGCAGAGAUCCAGAAGCACGAGUUCAGCUGCUCAGGUCAGUCUGAUCCCCCUAGUUCCCAGAUCUGCAGCCUCUCCAUUGGGUCCUGUCCAGCUAUGUGCACCUGCAGCAAUGGCAUUGUAGACUGUCGGGGGAAAGGCCUCACAGCAAUACCUGCAAAUCUCCCCGAAACCAUGACAGAAAUACGCUUGGAGCUCAAUGGUAUCAAAUCUGUUCCACCUGGUGCCUUCUCACCCUAUAAGAAGCUGCGCAGAAUAGACCUGAGCAACAACCAAAUCUCAGAGAUCGCCCCCGACGCUUUCCAGGGUCUCCGCUCGCUUAAUUCCCUGGUUUUAUAUGGCAACAAAAUUACAGACCUUCCCAAAGGUGUGUUUAGUGGUCUUCAUGCCUUGCAGCUGCUACUUCUCAACGCCAACAAAAUAAACUGCAUCCGAGCUGACACCUUCCAGGACUUACAAAACCUGUCCCUCCUGUCACUUUAUGACAACAAGAUUCAGAGUUUGGCGAAAGGCACCUUUGCAGCUCUACGUGCUAUCCAGACUCUACACUUGGCGCAGAAUCCUUUUAUCUGUGACUGCAAUUUGAAGUGGCUGGCAGACUUUCUGAGAACAAACCCCAUUGAGACGAGUGGAGCCCGAUGUGCAAGCCCCCGGCGACUCGCCAACAAGCGCAUUGGGCAGAUUAAAAGCAAAAAGUUCCGAUGUUCAGCCAAGGAACAAUAUUUUAUUCCAGGGACAGAGGAUUAUCAGUUGAACAGUGAAUGUAACAGCGAUGUGGUGUGUCCCCCCAAGUGCCGAUGUGAAUCCAACGUGGUGGAUUGCUCAAACCUGAAGCUCACCAAGAUCCCCGACCGUAUUCCCCAAUCCACGGCAGAGCUGCGCUUGAACAACAAUGAAAUUGCUACCCUUGAGGCCACUGGUCUAUUCAGGAAACUCCCACACCUCAAGAAAAUAAACCUGAGCAACAACAAAAUUUCUGAAAUAGAAGACGCGGCGUUCGAAGGGGCAGCAUCUGUCAGUGAGUUACAUCUGACGGCCAAUCAUUUGGAGUCGGUUCGCAGCGGAAUGUUCCGGGGCCUGGAAGGACUGAGGACGCUAAUGCUACGGAAUAACCGGGUCAGUUGUGUCCAUAAUGACAGCUUUACCGGCCUGAGGAACGUUCGGCUUCUCUCUCUAUAUGAUAACCAGAUAAGCACCAUCACCCCAGGAGCAUUCGACACUUUGCAGUCACUUUCUACUCUGAACUUGCUGGCUAACCCAUUUAACUGCAACUGCCAACUGGCUUGGCUCGGGGACUGGCUGAGGAAGAGGAAGAUAGUAACUGGAAAUCCACGUUGCCAAAACCCAGACUUCCUGAGACAGAUCCCUCUGCAGGAUGUGGCCUUUCCGGAUUUCAGAUGUGAAGAUGGUCAGGAAGAGCUGAGUUGUGCGCCCCAACCUCAGUGCCCCCAAGAAUGCACCUGCCUGGACACUGUUGUACGCUGCAGCAACAAGCACCUCUUAUCAUUGCCCAAGGGAAUUCCAAAGAAUGUCACAGAGCUUUACCUGGAUGGUAAUCAGUUUACUAUGGUACCCGGACAGCUCUCCAGUUUCAAAUAUCUGCAGCUGGUGGAUCUAAGCAACAACAAAAUCAGUUCCCUGAGUAACUCCUCCUUUACCAACAUGAGCCAACUCACCACACUGAUCCUAAGCUAUAAUUCCUUGCAGUGUAUACCUCCUUUGGCUUUUGAGGGUCUUCGGUCCUUAAGAUUGCUGUCUGUCCAUGGGAAUGAUAUCUCCAGCCUUCCAGAAGGGAUCUUUUCUGAUGUCACCUCUCUUUCCCAUCUAGCUAUUGGUGCCAACCCACUAUAUUGUGAUUGUAACUUACGCUGGCUGUCAAACUGGGUGAAAACCGGUUACAAGGAGCCUGGUAUCGCCCGCUGUACUGGACCUCCGGAAAUGGAUGGCAAGCUGCUUCUUACAACUCCCGCCAAAAAGUUUGAAUGCAAUGGGCCUCCAAGCUUGAAUAUUCUGGCCAAAUGCAACCCCUGUCUCUCAGAUCCUUGUAAAAACCAAGGUACCUGUCAAGAUGACGCUGUGCAGUACUACAAGUGCGUUUGUCCUGCUGGCUUCAAGGGCAAAAAUUGUGAAAUCUCCCUGAACGCGUGUUCCAGUAACCCCUGCGAGAAUCAGGGACUGUGUCUUUCCAAAGAAGAAGGAAGUGGAUUUAUGUGCACGUGUGCAGAUGGAUUCGAGGGCCCAACGUGUGCUGUCAAUAAAGAUGACUGCAAAUACAGUGACUGUGAAAAUGGUGGUACCUGUUUAGAUGGAAUAAAUAACUACACCUGCUUGUGCCCCUCACAAUACACAGGUGAAUAUUGUGAGCACCUUGUGGACAUUUGCUCAACAGACUUGAAUCCUUGUCAUAGUGACUCCAAAUGCACCGUGACACCCGAGGGCCCAAAGUGUGAGUGUGCCCCGGGCUAUGGAGGAGAUGACUGCAGCCUGAAUUACGAUGACUGCAAGGACCACCGCUGUCAGAAUAAUGCCCUGUGCGUGGAUGAGGUCAAUGGAUAUUCUUGUCUCUGCACUGAGGGUUACAGCGGGCAGCUUUGUGAAAUGCCAUCCCAAGCCCCUUCUCCAUGUAAACUAACACCAUGCCAGAAUGGUGCCAACUGUAUUGAGGUGGGGAACAGCGCAGUGUGCCAGUGUCUCCCAGGCUUCGGAGGAUCAAAGUGUGAGAAACUGCUGAGCGUAAACUUUGUGGAUAGAGAUACGUAUUUGCAAUUUACCGACCUGCAGAACUGGCCCCGGGCAAACAUCACACUUCAGGUGUCAACAGCGGAAGACAAUGGAAUUCUACUGUACAAUGGAGACCACGACCAUAUGGCAGUAGAGUUAUAUCAAGGCCACGUCAGGGUCAGUUAUGACCCCGGAAGCUUUCCCAGCUCUGCAAUUUACAGUGCAGAGACCAUCAAUGAUGGGCAGUUCCAUACCGUGGAGUUGGUUACAUUUGACCAGAUGGUUAAUCUGUCCAUUGACGGAGGGGCGCCCAUGACAAUGGAUAAGUUUGGGAAACAUUAUACCCUUAAUAGUGAAGCACCUCUAUAUGUGGGAGGUAUGCCCGUCGAUGUCAACUCUGCCGCUUUUAGACUCUGGCAAAUCCUUAAUGGAACCAGUUUUCAUGGCUGCAUCCGGAACCUGUAUAUCAAUAACGAGCUGCAGGAUUUUACCAAAACCCAAAUGAAGCCCGGAGUUGUGCCAGGCUGUGAACCAUGUCGAAAACUCUUUUGCCUUCAUGGAAUAUGUCAGCCCAAUGCAGCAAAUGGACCAGUAUGCCACUGUGAGACUGGGUGGGCUGGGCCACACUGCGACCAACAGCUAAAUGAUCCCUGUCAAGGUCACAAAUGUGUCCAUGGAGCUUGCAUGCCAUUGGACGCUCUAACGUACAGCUGCCUGUGCCAGGAUGGGUACAAAGGUGCCCUAUGCAACCAGCAAGGAGAGCUCUACAAUCCAUGUAAAACUCUGCAGUGCCAGCACGGGCGCUGUCAGAUCUCCGACCUGGGCGAAGCCUAUUGCGAGUGCGAGAGCGGCUAUGUGGGAGACAAUUGCGAUCAAGAAUCGGAAUGCCGAGGGGAGCCCGUGCGGGAUUAUUACCAAGUACAGCGAGGCUAUGCCAUUUGCCAAACCACACGCACCGUGUCCUGGGUGGAAUGCCGUGGUUCCUGCCACAAUCAGGGCUGCUGCACUGGAUUACGCAUGAAGCGCCGGAAGUACACUUUCGAGUGCAGCGACGGAUCCUCCUUUGUGGAAGAUGUAGAGAAACCCAUUAAAUGUGGGUGUGCUCAGUGUGUGUAAAACACGUUGAACUGGACUGUACAAGAUCACACCAGACAAAAAGAAAAUAUCCAAGAAUAAACCUGGACAAUUACAUUCUGUAAAACUGGACUUCUGCUCCCCUUUCAGAUGCGUGAAUAUCUUGAUGUCUGUGGCAUUUAAAAAAAAUAUAUGUAUAAACAGCACCUAUUGCAUUAAGAGGCACACGCACAUGCUGACUGGUUGUAUAGUGUUGUAAUCAUUGGAGAAAAGGUAUAGAGGAGGUAUAUAUGUAGAGGGUAAAAUGUGUAGAUAGAGAUUUUUUUAAAAAAACACACAAAUGUAUUUAUACACAAUGUGGAUAGAUUUACAUGGAACAAGAAGGAAGGUCUGUAUUUUAUUUUUCCAUUUUUUUAAGGUAGAUCAUUUUGUAACCAUUGUGGCAGUAUUACAUCUGUUUUGUAUAGCUCAGAGCGUUCGACAAGUAUUCUUUUCUGAUCUGUCAUUUCUGCUGGGGAAAAAAAAACCCAUUGUGACGAGGGGCACAUCACUUUCAUAAAGCACUUUCUGCUCAGUGAAAAGGGAUUGACUAAUGUGAUUUUAUAUUUAUAAGCCUUUUUUUUCUUCUACCCCUAAAUAUCAUUAUCAGCUAGGCUUCCCUAUGAGCCAACACAGGAAAAUCCGGCUGCAAGUUAUAAAUAUUAUAUAUAAAAAUCGUACAUACAAUUCACUAACAGCAGCAAAGCAGUUUUAAGGGAGAUGAUAGUAGGGGCAAUGUUUAGGGCCUUACAGAUGUGGGGGCCCAUACAGGUGUUGUGGGUAGGAAGAGAAAGACAUGAUUUGGGGAAUGAUAGAAAAGCAAGAUGGAAACAACAGGGGUCAUUUACUUUUCCCUGGGGCGCAAGUGGAGGGCAAAUGCUAGAGUACUUGUUGGGGGGGCAAGUGCUAGAGCACUAAGGGGUGCCAAGACAUGCCCUUAGAGUUGCCACCUGGUAGCUAACUGGCUGAGGGGGUAAAUCACUAGCUAGGGCCAGCACUGGUAAAUUUGUAAUACCCUAUAAAUCCCAUCCCUUUCCUCAUCAUUAUCUCCGCUGCUGAUCAGUCUUAAUUAUCACACCCGCCGCCCCCCCCACCCCUCACCCCCUCACCAAUGCAGCACUGCUGAAUGUAGUCGGCCAUGUAUUUGCUGGUGUAGCACCACUAAUAACACUUGUGUUGCCACACUUGCAGACCUUUAGGCCCACAUUACACAAGGCGUUUUUGAUCCACUUCCUUCUGCCCCAACAUCACUGUUCACUGCCAACCAUGGAAUCAAUCACUUAGUGGACAGACAGUGUCAUGGCCGUUGGUGCACAUUAGUGUUGUGGUGGGAGAACGCUGAUCGGAGUUUUAUUCCGGGAGAGAAAACACCUAUUGUGAGUUGGCCCUUAGUUUUCAGAUGGUUCUGGCAAUAGCUGAAGGCCCAUCAGACAGACAAUACUAUUAUAUAAACAAUAUACAGUCUGUAUUACCCCGGGGCCCCUCUUAUACUAAGGGCAGCCCUGCUUAGGGUACUGGCACAUGGGGAGAUGUCACCUGUGGGCAACAAAUCUCCUAAAAAUACUUUCCCGUUUACUUACCUUCUUUUGCAUUUUCCCGUGAUUAGGCCUCAUUGCUAAGGCAGCCCGUGGUAGCGCAGAUUACUUUGGGUGACAGAUCACUCAAUGUGCCAGUACCCAUAGCAUUCCUCACUGUCACUCUAUAGAGUAAAGCCUGCUUAUAUGGACUAUUAAAGAAGACCGUAGGGCACUUUGCUAACAUUACCUUUCUAUUAGCUCCACAAAUUCCAUGAGAAACAGCAUUAAGGAGAGACUAAUGGGGCCCUAAUGCUAAAGUACUGGUUGGUCUCACAAAAUAUAUCUGACCUUGUUGUUCUAUUCACAGGUUUCUAUGUUGACAAAAUUAAACAGCUUGUGUUCUUUUCAAACAAACUGGGGGGGUCCCUUUUGCAGGCCUCACUUUGUCUAGAGAUCAAGGAGAACUGCCCCCCCAGCAAACCAGAAUAUUUUUUCAUUGGUACCAUUUAAUAAAACUUUUUAUAUUAUUUGUUAAUGUUGCAACUUGCCCUUUCAAACAACAAAUAUUUUAGCAUUAUUGUCCCUUUAACAUUAUUAAAAUGUAAAUUUAAUUCUG